AUGACGGGGGAGCUGCUCUUCUCGGGGCAACUGCUGGCUGUGACGACGGAUGAGACCAACGUCGCUCGUGUGCAGAUCCAGAAGGAGGCCAUCUCUUUUCUACAGCGACUGGCUGAGCCUGUGCUCGUUGUGAGCUUCCAUGGAGCCAAGAGAAGCGGCAAGACGGCGCUGGUGCGGAGUCUUCUUGGAGUUGAAGAGGAGAUCGAGACAGACGGUGCAUGGCUGUAUAUUAAGCGCGCUAACUACCCCAACGCUAAGUAUCUGGCUGUCCUGGACCGACCGGGCUUUGGAGAAGACAAGCAUUUGGACAUGCUGCUAUACUCGAUCCUCGCGGGUCUUAGUAGUGUAGUGGUGCACCAUGUGGAUGGCCACUUGACUCCUGAAGCUGUUGACCAGUUCGGGUUCCUCGCGUCGAAUACUGAAGAGAGUGACGCACCUGCUUAUGUUUUUCCUCAGUCACCGAAGCUGCUUUGGGUGUUGCAGAAUGUCACUACUGGUGAGCUAAAAGAGCAGGUUCAAGAGAGUGGGCUAUCACUACAGGAAGCGGAACAGACGUAUCUUUGCAACGCAUUGGCCGCAUUGCCUGGAGACUCAGCGGGUGCAGAAUUUAGCAAGCUUUUCGAGUCUAUUUUUCCAGACCAGGGAUGUUUCGCUGUCCCUCCAACUGGUACAGAAGCGUUUGAGAAACGACUGGAGAAACUCUCUCGCGUCUUCACCGACUCCAUCCACAAUCGCUAUCUAAAGGGUGUCGUCCUAAAUGGACCAUUAAUCGGGUCAAUCGUGGUUUCCAUGCUGGCUCAUCGCGAUAACGUGUUUAAGGCGUUUAAAGGUCGGAUUUGGAAGGAUUCGAUUCACAAUUGCUGUCUCAACGUCGUCGAGAAUGGAGUCAAACUCUACAAACUUCGUAUGUCGGAAAGACUGGGCAGCAUUGUCGAUGUUUCGGACCUGAAGGCGUUCCAGCCAGCACUCGCUCCUGUCCGAGAACGUCAAGAACUGGUCGAGAAACUCUUUCGUGACCUGGUCGAGUCAGUGUUUGCCUCGAUCCAGGAAGAAAACAACCGUAUUUCUUCUGAGCUCUGUCAGUCUCUACUUUCUACGCUUCACACCAAGAUGACAGAAAAAGUUGAUGCUCAUCUACUGCUGGGACCUCAAGAGGAUGACGACGGAUAUUCCUUCCAGUCAACGGAGUUCAAGCGCUUUUAUCACUAUUACCAAACGUACGUGUUUGAACUGAUGGCGGACUUCACAGACCAAGCGAAAGGUCCAGUGAAGAAAGCGGAGCUGGCUACGUUCAUGCACGACACUAUCCGACCUCAACUUGCUGAGUUUUCUGAGAAGCUAGACAAGAUCCGUCAGCACGAUACAGAUGUGGUAGAAGAGAUGAUCGAGAAGAAAGAGGAACAAGUUGAGGAAUUCAACGCCAAGCACAAAAUGUAUCAGAAGCAGACAGUGGAUGCGCAAGAAGACGUCAAUAGGCAGCUGGUCGAAGUGGCAAAACUCCAAUCGCUACGCAAAGAAGCGCUUGUAGGUGCCAUUAAUGACCUGACCAGAAUGCACACGAUGGCCACCAAGCAGAAGGAAUUGCUGGAAGAAGCUGCGUUCGUCUCGGUUCAACUUCCGGAACAAAAAGUCAUCGAAGCGGCUCAAGAUAAAGAAGUUACGGAACUGCAGGGCUAUUUGAUCAAGCAGGGAGGCGGUGGAUAUGUACUGAACCCUCUGGGGCGGAAGAAUUGGAAGCAACGGUACUUCAUUCUCAUCGGCGCCAAUCUCAUCUACGCGAAGACAAAAGACGACUACGAGCGUGGGAAAAUUAUUAAGGAGCUUUGCCUCACCGGCUGCAAGGUGGACCCGUCACGUGAUGCAGGCGAAGGCUUUGACAUCACUCCAGGCAAGUCAGCACACGUGUUUGAACUGCAAAGAGGAUUCUUCGAGAAGAACAGCAAGAAACGCUCGUCAGCAGCAGAUAGCGGUCGAGUCUUUAAGCUGCGUGCCCAGAACAUCCAAGAGCGCGACAAGUGGAUUGACAAGUUACGUCAAGCGGCGGGAGGCUACUAA